GUACGACACUAUCUCGUCAGACUAGGAAGUUGGCAUCAGAAAUCAGUCUUGGCGGUAAGAACAGCCCACUUGUUCCCUGCACUCUUCGACAACCACUUUUGCCAAUGGCUGGAGUUACCGAACGGAAUUAGGCUUGCUUUUAGAGACCCAAAGACCACCUUGUCCGGCGCUCUCCGUCGUAUGGCACCACCACAUCAGCAGCACCAAGUCGAAGAGCUACGCGAACGUCUUCAAACACUCCGGGACUUUGACUUCGAGCACAGCUUUACCGAAACAUUCGACGGUGAAAGAGUCAGCCUUUCCACGCAUGCAGAAGUGUUCCCGAUGGAGCACUCCUACUUUCAAGGCUUGCAAGUUGUCGCAAACGAUCGAUACAUCGGCUCCAGCAGACCGUCAUGUUACUGCUGUAGCCUGUAUAUGCGGCACCACGGAACGGCUUGGAUAAGAUGGAAGCUUGCACUUCUCUCGCGACCGGACGACGACGUAAUCUACAAGCACACCCUUUUUGUCAUGAACCGAGUCGUCGAGCACAUCCGCCGCGACGUAAUGAAUGAGAUUGAACACCGAUUCCCAAGACGGCAGAGGCGACCCGACUCAACCUCCGGCAUACUCACGUUGUCACUGUAA